GGCUUUUCCUGCGUCACCAUGUGAUGUCCUCUUCCUGGAGCCAGGAGUCUAGCGUAGUCUCAGUGUGUGUGUGUGUGUGUGUGUGUGUGUGUCGAGGGGGGAAGAGGGGCCAAAGUCAGUCAGUGACCCCCACAUGAUUGAGUCUCUGGCCCAGCCGAGACGGGGACAGUUUUCCUGGUGCCUGCUUCGCAUACUUUGUGACUUGCAUUUCCUGAGCGCUCAACAACAUACCUUGACCCUAAAGGAUGUCACUCCAAAAAAAAAAAAAACACACACAAAUUCUUUGCGAACGUCACCGCAAGCCGGGAGUGUGUCAUUUACAAGUUCGCCCCGUCGGGUUCGGGAGGAAGGAGUUGUCAACAAUUUGAACUUUACUGUUGUGCGCCACCCAAUGACGGCGAAUAAGAAAAGUGUCAACUGCAUUACGACAAAGGGAAACAGUAAAUGCGUCGCUCUCCUGGCUGCUCAGUACAACAUGGCGGAUGGCGGACGUUUUUAAGGUUCGCCGCGUCAGGUCACCGUCACCGAUCUUCGCGGCCGUUCCUCGAACGGUAAAACGCAAAGACAAUGAGCGCACUCACGCCGCAGCUGCUGUCGGCCACCGCUCGCACCCACAGACUCACUGAUGUUACCUGUAACUCCACCAGGCUCCGCCUCUUAAAGGCACAUCCAUGUACACAGAUUCCGCAGUAUGUGGUUUCUUUCCGCACAAUUUGUUGUUUAUGUUCACAUACUUUUACCAAUGCGUUUAUUCUUAUAAACACGCUAGUGUUUCUAGCGUGUGAGGUGUAUAACUAUCAGGCUCAUUUUCAUAUAAUUUGAUAAUUGAAUGUGGUAGUGAUUGAAUGGAAUUUGAUGAAGAUGAAAAACGAUGUCGUCUCUCCAUCCCAGCAUUUUGGGCCGUUGAACUCGUUCAACUGGGAUUGAGGCACACGUCGCGGCAUCAUCGGCAUCUCUUGCCAGUCACUCAUCUGUCUGUGUGUGUGUGUGUGUGCCCGCUGUGGCCUGUGCCAGUGCCACUGGCUGGCACGUGCAAACACACAAACAACAUCGUGCACAAUAGGAGCAAGCGAGGACGUGACCUUUGACCCUUUUCCUUCUCUGCGGGUGGCCACGUGAUGUGAGAGUCGCGCUGACGUUUUUGGGAAGCCCAAAGAGUUUUCUUUUGGAGGAGCGGGAAUCUGAAAGGCUCCUCGCCGUCAUCUUAUUCGCCACCUUAUCAGUGUGCAUGGUUACACAUUGAUGACAGUUCCGCAUUUGCCGAUAUCGGCCUAUUUGCGCCGAACUGCACUCUGUGGGCGAAGUAUAGAUACGAAGACGUUCGAGUCUGCAAUUUACAUAACAGGGACACAUUUGGAAUUUUUCAAUGAAACUAAAUGAUCAGCAUCAAAGGAAAUGAUAAAUGUACAUUUACCACCACCACCACCCCCGAAUGUCGCUAUGACGUGUAAGGUUUCUAAAACGCUUCAAAAGAGUGGAAACAUAAACUUCAUCAUGUUGAUGUGUAUGCUUGUCAAGGGAGUCGACUUGAAUGGAGUUGAAGGAGAUAUGUAAUGUCAAUAUCACGUCAUGCAUGACAUGCUCCCACGAAUUUCCAAUGUGACUUGAUUGCAUCGAAAGAUGACCUCAAUCACAAAGAUGCAUGAGAAUAAUAGUCAUUGCUUCCAAAUCAUCACGGGGGAGACGACAAAAAGCUUUCGAAGUUCAUUUUUGACCUUUAAUAAACAUGAAACUGAUGUUCCUGUUUCAGCUGGAGGAGGGAAAAAACACAAAUGUGUGUUGAAGUUAGAAACAGCAUCACAAUCAUUUGUUCGCGAUUUGUCUCAUAUUUGCUGUGAGUGUGGAUCGUGCAAUUUGCCCAAUGCAGAUCGAAACCGUUUUAAAGCAGGUUUCCGUUUUUGGGACUGGUCGCAAUUUGGGCUUGGAGCGAGAGAGGCAGAAAAAGGGCAAAUCUUUCACUCCUCCUCUUUCCUCCGGUCCGCGUGUUCAUUUGAUAAGACGGAAUCGCGCGCAGUUGUCGACCGGACGGCGGCCGCAGACGAGAUGCGCGCGCGUUAAACGAAACCUUCGAACGAAACCUUUUCCGAAUUGGUCGGAUGUGCGUCUCGCAGGGGAGGAGGCGAUUAUGUACCAGGGAACGAUGAGCGGCAACCACCACGGGCACCCUUCGUACGAGGCCGGCGGCUUCCUCCACAACGCCCCCUCGGGCACGUCGCCGGUCUACGUGCCCGGCACCCGGGUGCAGGUCACGCCGAUGAUCCCCGGGCUGCCCUACCUCCAGACGCAGACGCCCGGCGCGUCGCAGCCGAGCGCGCCGGCGUCCGGCCACUCCGCCUGGGCUCAGCCGGGUGUCGAGCCCUCGUACAACCACUCCCCGGUGUCCCCGCGGUUCAGCUUCUCCGCGAGCCCGCCUCUGUCCUCCGGGGCCAAGGAGCAAGCGGCGGCGGCGGCGGCGGCGGCUGCUGCGGCGGCUGCUGCUGCGGCGGCCUCGGCCUCGGCCUCGUACGGCGGCCCGCUCAGCAUCUCCGCCAACGGGCGAGAGCACUUCGCCGCCCGGGGCCUCGGCGGCUCCUACCACAGCCCUUACCCGGCCUACGUGAGCAGCAACGCGGGCGCGACGUGGUGCGCGUCGCCCUUCGAGGGUCCGGUGCUCCACGGCCUGCAGGCGGGCGCUCCCGCAGGCGCCGCGCGACACUCGACGAUGGACCUGUUCGACGACUUCGCCGAGGGCCGAGAGUGCGUCAACUGCGGCGCCAUGUCCACGCCGCUGUGGAGGCGGGACGGCACGGGCCACUACCUGUGCAACGCCUGCGGGCUCUACCACAAGAUGAACGGCAUCAACAGACCCCUCAUCAAGCCCCAGAGGCGACUGUCGGCCUCCAGGAGGGUCGGCCUGUCCUGCACCAACUGUCACACCGCCACCACCACCCUGUGGCGACGAAACGCCGAGGGCGAGCCCGUCUGCAACGCCUGCGGCCUCUACAUGAAACUGCACGGGGUCCCGCGGCCCCUCGCCAUGAAAAAAGAGGGGAUCCAGACCCGCAAGCGCAAACCCAAGAAUAUGAACAAGAGCCAAACUGAUGUCAUCUCUGCCCGCCUACAUGACGACUCAAGGCGGAGCCCUCGCUCUCAAGAUGCCCCGCGGCGGCUCAAAGGCCGAGCCGUGGAACAACCUCAUCCUGGCUUAGACGUGCCAGGAUCGCGAGACAAAAGUGAAGGCGAACGGAUGGGGACGCGUCAAAGAGCGGCACUGCGACGAGGUUCUUCUACCCCAGGACUCUUUUGUUUGAAAAAAUCAGCUUUUGACGGUCGAUAUCAACGCAAGGCUGUGUGUCUAAUUCAAUACGUGACACAACAGGUCAGAGGUCAAUUUCCAGCUUAGUAUUGGCACAUCUACUCAGACAAAGUUGCACAUGCGAAACAACGGUUUGUUAUGUAAUUGUCGGGAAGUCAUUUUCAGGGUGACUUGGCGAGGCUUUGUGAGCUUUCGAUACAAAAUGCCAUCGCUUUAAAAUGUUGCCAAGAUUAUCUUUUUGUCCGCCGUGUUUGUGUGUGUUCAGUUAAGACCCAAGUUAUUAAAUAACCUCCGCGAUUUAUGUUAAAAGGUCAUUUUUAUAUGGAGAAAUGGCACACAGUGGCAAAACUAGACAAAAGCUUUCCUUAUUUUGCGCUUUUUUCCGUGUCUAAAAUGAUUUGUACCCAGGCAUAUCUUCUAAAUUUAUAGUUGAUGCUACUUUCAAAUGGUGCCAAAUAUUGUUGCCUCCAAAUUGUUCGUGAAAGCAAUGAUGAAUAUUUUGAUUCAUACUUUCUUUUUUUGCCACUUGUGUCAUUCACACCCUCAAGAUACACAUUUAACUCAGACAUAUUCUUAAAUACUGUUGAGUGUAACUGUACGUGCCGACAUCCUGUUUUAGUAUUUAUUUCCAAAGGCGCAACAUCAUUAUCAUUCAGUUAUGGAAGCUCAAGAUUUCAUUGAAGAGCUUGUGUAUAAUGGUUGUACAGUAUUUUUUUGCGUGUGGCAAGUGUGUAAAUGUGCUAUACUAUAUGGCUGCAUGGAAUUAACCCAAAAGCGGCAACUUUUAUUUACAUGUAUGUAAAGGCGCCCCACUCCAGUGUGUGUGUGUGUGUGUGUGUGUUUAUAUAAACACACACACACACACACACACACACACACACACAUCUAGAUGACCAUUUGGGCUAUAUUGCCGAAACCCAGUAGACUCAUUGGGAUGCACUAAUAACUAUAACUACCUAUAAUAACGUAUUUCCUCUUUGUGGCGCGCACAGCGGGACACAAUGCAAAUGUGUUAAGUUGACAUUUGUGCUGACGUAAUAAAGGGAAAGCGACCUCGUUUAUUACCGACAUUUCAUUUCAAUCUUGUGCUGCACCACUUCCAAGUGCCGUCAAAACAAUACACGCGCAGCGUUUCCCUCGCUACACACGGCCGCAAAUGCAAAAAUAUCCAAAAAUGUGUGUUUACUAAAACUAACGUGUCUUUGUUCAACUAGCUAUCCUAGUGAUGUAUUGUGACAAAACAAAUAAAUCCUCGUUCAUCGGA